AGUGCGAGGGACUAAACAUCCGUUCCUAAAACAAUUGAACUGUUCUUGAAAGUGAAUCUGAAGCUGAAUGUAGAUGCGUAACGAAAAUGGACGCUUGAAUUGAUCACGGGGUGGAAAAAGAAGUACUUACUUUCCUCUGGUGACCCAUGGGCAGACGAGAGACUUUUGUGAGUUGUCUUCUUAAGGAAUGUUUCCUAUCUUCUGGUUGCAUCAAACGGUCAACUUCAGCUUUCCUAGCAAGUGACAAGACCAGCGCCUCGUGUUGUAGUGACAAAGUUGUUGAACAUUUGUGUGAAUCCGAGCAAGUUUUGUGAAAAGUAUUUGAUAAGUUUCCGUUAUCCUGUCGACGGUGCGCGUUGGUGGUGUUCCGGUGCGAAGGCAACAUAAUACUCCGUAAAAAUGCAGGUGCAACCUACCAAGUACGUCGGCCUGGUGGCCGACCUGAUGCCCAACAUCCGGCUGAUGCAAGCGAGCGGCCACUUUCUGUUCCGUUACGUCACCGGUCCGAUCCUGAUUCGGAAGCUGUACUCCUGGUGGACGCUGAUCAUGGUGCUGCUCCAAUUCUUUGCCAUCUUGGGCAAUCUGGCGACCAACGCCGAUGAUGUGAAUGAGCUUACGGCCAAUACCAUAACGACCCUGUUCUUCACACACUCGGUCACGAAGUUCAUCUACUUUGCGGUCAAUUCGGAGAACUUCUACCGUACACUGGGCGUGUGGAACCAAACCAACUCGCAUCCACUGUUUGCAGAAUCGGAUGCACGCUACCAUUCGAUUGCCCUGGCCAAGAUGCGCAAGCUGCUGGUGCUCGUGAUGGGGACCACCGUGCUGUCGGUUGUCGCCUGGGUCACGAUUACAUUCUUCGGCGAGAGCGUGAAGAAUGUGCUCGAUAAGGAAACGAACGAAACGUACACGGUGGAGAUCCCUCGGCUGCCCAUCAAGUCCUGGUAUCCGUGGAAUGCGAUGAGUGGACCGGCGUACAUCUUCUCUUUCAUCUACCAGAUCUACUAUUUGCUGUUCUCGAUGGUCCAGAGCAACCUCGUCGAUGUCAUGUUCUGUUCCUGGCUGCUGUUGGCUUGCGAGCAGCUGCAACAUUUGAAGGGCAUCAUGCGGCCCCUAAUGGAGCUUUCUGCCUCGCUGGACACCUACCGGCCCAACUCGGCGGCGCUUUUCCGAGCAAUUUCAGCUGGCUCCAAAUCUGAGCUGAUCCUCAACGAAGAAAAGGAACCCGAACCUGUGAAGGACUUUGAUCUGAGCGGCAUUUACAGCUCGAAGGCGGACUGGGGCGCUCAGUUCCGGGCACCGACGACCCUGCAAACGUUCGACGAGAACGGCCGGAACGGGAACCCGAACGGGCUCAGCCGGAACCAGGAGAUGAUGGUACGGAGCGCCAUCAAGUACUGGGUCGAGCGGCACAAGCACGUCGUACGACUCGUUACGGCCAUCGGUGAUACGUACGGACCGGCGCUACUGCUGCACAUGCUGACGUCCACCAUCAAGCUGACGCUGCUCGCCUACCAGGCCACCAAAAUCGAUGGCGUCAACGUGUACGGAUUGACCGUGAUCGGGUACUUAUGCUACGCCCUGGCCCAAGUGUUUCUCUUUUGCAUCUUCGGCAAUCGGCUCAUCGAGGAGAGCUCAUCCGUAAUGGAGGCGGCCUACUCGUGCCACUGGUACGACGGUUCCGAAGAGGCGAAAACCUUCGUCCAGAUCGUAUGCCAGCAGUGCCAGAAGGCGAUGACCAUUUCCGGAGCCAAAUUUUUCACCGUCUCGCUGGAUCUGUUCGCUUCGGUUCUUGGAGCCGUUGUUACCUACUUCAUGGUGCUGGUACAACUGAAGUAAUCAACCUGAAAUCCUAAAAUGCAAAUACCUGAAACAAUGAGACACCUCACCUCAAACACACCGAUCUCAACACCUGAACACACAACAAUUGAAGAAACGGAAGCGAUACCGAGCGAGACGGUCCUCAUAGUAAAGUGAAAGCUAAAAGCCCAGAGUAAAGGAUUCUU